CACUGAGAAGUAUGGCGGGGAUGGAAGAGUCUGGGGAGAAGUGGGCUGAGAUAGAGAGAGCUGCGUCAGAGAAAAGACGCGAACUCGUCCUGCAGGGUCCAAACAUCGAUAAGAAAAUACAAACCGGCGGACUGAAUCCCAGCAUAUACUCUCUAACGCUGCUGAAUUACCUUGAAAUCAGCCAGUGUCCGAGUCUUUUGGAGAUCCAUGAAGAGAUUCAAAAUCUGACACACCUCCAGAGCUUGAUUCUUUGUAGAAAUAAGAUAUCUACAAUACCAAAAGCCGUUGGUAGUCUGAAGUCACUGAAGGUGUUGGAUGUGUCUGUCAACGAGCUGAAAGCUUUACCCGACGAGUUAUCACAGCUCAGUGAGCUCAACACUUUAAACGUCAGCUGCAAUAAGAUCACAGGCCUUCCCAACGGACUGAGCAAAUGCGCGAAGCUUUCCUCAAUCAACAUCUCCAAAAAUGAGAUCUCUCGCCUCCCUGAAGACCUUUACUCCGCUGAACUGGAGCUUCUCAGCACCAUCAUCGCCUCGGAGAAUGCGAUCGAGGAAUUAAGUGGAGACAUUAGUAAUCUGCCGGCGCUAAAGAAUCUGGACCUCUCCAAUAACAAGCUAAGUGACAUCCCAUUUGACCUCGCCGAUUGCUCCAAGCUUAAGGAAAUAAACUUUAAGGGAAACAAACUGAAAGACAAGCGUCUGGAGAAGAUGGUGAACGGUUGCCAAACAAAAUCCAUUUUGGACUACCUGCGGGCAGGCGGUAGAGGCAAGGGUAAAGGCAAGCAGCCAAACGGAAGUGAGAAGGAGGAUGGUGGCAAAGAGAAAGACAAAAAGAAAAGGACUGACAGGCGUCAGAAGAAUAAAAAGGACGAGGACGAGGUGGAGGAAGUGAACCGGAUGGUGGUGAAGGUUCUCCAUGUGUCUGACAACCCCACGGCAUUCACGGUGAAAGUGGCGCCACAAUUGAAAGACGUUCGGCCUUACAUCGUUUGCUGUAUUGUCAAAGGCAUGAACUUGAAGCCGGGAAAUGCACUUAAGCGGUUUCUCGCAGCGCAGAUCAAACUCCAUGAUGAGAUUUGCGGAAAAAGAACGACCGCAACCAUCGCAACUCAUGACUUUGAACUUCUCCAUUGGCCAUUAUUGUAUGAUGCCAGACCACCUAAAACGCUGAAGAUCGUCCCCCUGGGCCGUAAGGAGAUGAACGCUGUGGACCUGAUGAGGCAGCUCCAGCUGGAGGCAGAGGAGCAGAGAAAACAGAAGAAGCGGCAGAAUGUGUCAGGCCUUCAUAAAUACCUGCAGCUGCUUGAUGGGAAAGAAAACUACCCCUGUGUGGUUGAUGCGCAAGAUCACGUCAUUUCAUUCCCGCCAAUCACCAACAGUGAAAAAACAAAGAUGAGAAAGUCCACUAGCACGCUGUUUGUGGAGGUGACCAGCUCUACCAGCCUGCAGAUCUGCAAGGACGUAAUGGACAGUCUGAUUGUGAAAAUGGCAGAGCUGAACAAAUUCACCUUUGAUCACAAGGAGGAAUCCGUUUCAGAUGGGGAAUCGGAUCUGGCCGGUAACGACAAGGCAACAGAGCCAGCGGCAAACGAAAUGACGUCAUCGGAGCUGCUGGUGCAGCAGGUUCGGAUUGUGGACACGGAUGGGAACCUGAAGGUUGUGUACCCGUCGAAAACAGACCUUGCCUCAGAGGUGCCCAACUUGACUGUCGUUCGCUAGCUCUGUAAGAACUUGCCAAUAGCAAGCAGCCACUGCGCUCCUAAUUCUGGGUUACAGGAACAUACCAGCAAACUGGUCAUACGUUAUGAGGCAGAAAUGUAACUUAUUCCUCACGAUUUGCUUAUUGUUCAUUAUCAAUGAAAUUCUUUGGUUUGCUACAUAUUUUUUUGCUGGGUUUCUCAAUUCCAGCUGUACGUGCACACAGUACACUACUCUACACUGACAGGGUUACUUCAGCUGGUUCAAACGUAACUUGAUUUUAUAUGUCACUUCAAUGUUAAUAGAUGCACAGUGUAUAUACUUGACAACUUGUGAGUUAGCAGAUGGAAUAUCUGCCAUGCCAACCUUUGGAAAGAAUAGAGGCAUAAUGUCACACCAUCUGGAAAGGAACACAGUGCCACAGGAGAAAGACCGUUUGUUUUUUUCCCCCCAAGUUUGUCACACUUUGUUUCUUUUGCUUCUGUUGCUCUUAACCUCUGUGUGUUGGUUGUGUGUAUAAAGACUUGAUUUCACAAUGUAUGGUGCAGUGAUUAAACUGCUAAUGUUAGUGUAGCUAUGCCGGUAUUGUGCAGGACAGGCAGGAGUAAAUGUAUUUGACAUGUGCUCUCAUGCGAUUAUUCGUUUUCAUUGGUAAUAUUAAGUGUCUAUGUUACCGCACAACACAGAUCGAUGUGUUAAUUUUUUAUGAGGCCACAUUUACCGUGUACUUUCUACAGAAUGAUAUCAUUUGUUUGAA